UAGCUUGAAACAGAGCCCGGGUGAACUCUGCUCGAUCCUGCUCGGUGGGCAUCUCUCAGAUUGCAUAACUUCAUCAGCCAUGGGUCGUCCUGAUUCGGAAGCGCCGGCGUCGAGCGUUGCCUACGGAGGCGGCGGAGGCGCGGCGGCGGGGGCAGCCUCGGCUUUCGAGACCAAAGUGGUGAUCAUGCUGGCCGCGCUCUUCUUCGCGCUGCUCCUCGUCAUCGGACUCAACUUAAUGGUGCGGGGCGCGCUCCGGCGCGUGUGGCGCGGGGCCGCGGCCGCUGCCGGCGAGGGCCGGGCGUCGGCGCGGGUGGCCUGCAGCGGCAGCGGCAUCAAGAGGCGCGUCCUCAGGGGCCUCCCCGUGAAAGUGUACGGCUGCGGGGAGGACAUCGACGACGUGUGCGCGAUAUGCCUGAGCGAGUUCGUGGACGGCGAGAAGGUGCGCGUGCUGCCGCUCUGCGGGCACGGCUUCCACGUCCGCUGCGUCGACGCCUGGCUGGUGUCCCACGGCUCCUGCCCCACGUGCCGGCAGCCGGUCAUCGAAGGCGCGCCCGCGAAGGCGGCGGAGACGAACAUGAUCGUCACUGUGGUCGUCGUGUGAGUCCAUCUCGCGGCGAAGCAUGCCAUUGCUGCCGGUACAGCACACCCCUGCAUGCGCGGGCUCUUGUGGAAGUUUCCGACAACGAUUGCUCCGAUUGUAGGCGCAAUGCCCAAUUGCUCAUGUAAA